AUGGUCCUGCAACAGCAGUACAGAGAAAAAGAUUUUAAGAAGUACUCUGAGUUAAUUUCUCUCUUCCUUGUGGCUGAACGAAACAACGAUUUGCUCAUGAGAAAUCACGAAAAUCAACCCACUGGGUAUACAUCAUUGCUUGAAGUGGAUGAUAUGUAUUCCCAUUAUGCUAAGCGUGAAAAAGGCCGUGGCCCUAUUCGUGGUCGUGGUCAUGGUCGUGGCCAUGGCCGUAGACAAGGAAGAAAUUAUCUUGCUGUUAAUCACCCCCUAAAGAAAAAUAACCACCAAAAGUGGAAAGGGAAAAAUGAGAAGCCAAAGGCAAAUAGUUCAGAAAUUGAAUGUUAUCGUUGCGGUGGAAAAGGGCAUUGGACAAAUAUUUAUCGUACAUCAAGACAUUUGGCUGAGCUAUAUCAAACAUCUCUAAAGAAUAAAGGCCCUGAAGUUAAUUUUGUCUCUAACAAUGAUUUUGACAUCACCCACUUGGAUGUGGGAUUUCUUGGAGCACCCUAA